CCAGGGUCCACUAGCCCUGGGCUGCAGGGAAGUUGCUGCAUCCAGUUAACACUUCAGCACCUGUGGCACGGCAGGGCCAAGGAGCCGCAGUCCUCGACCAGCUGGGGGUUUGCUCCUAAGCCCACUCUGCUCCAUCCAGAUCAGCUCACCCUGCCCUUUCCCUGCCCACCAGGACUCCCAUAGCUCUGGGCAAGAGCUGCAGCCCACUUUGCCAAGAUGUCCAGGGUAGCCAAAUAUCGCCGGCAGGUGAGUGAAGACCCCGACAUCGACAGCCUGCUGUCCACCCUGUCUCCCGAGGAGAUGGAGGAGCUGGAGAAGGAGCUGGACGUGGCAGACCCAGAUGGGAGCAUUCCUGUGGGGCUGCAGCAGAGAAACCAGAUGGAGAAACAGUCCACAGGCGCGUACAACCGGGAAGCCAUGCUCAACUUCUGUGAAAAAGAGACCAAGAAACUUAUUCAGAGGGAGAUAUCCGUGGAUGAGAGCAAGCAAGCGGAGACCAAGACAGAUGCCAAGAAUGGAGAGGAAAAGGGCAGAGAUGCCAGCAAAAAAGCCCUGGGCCCCAGGCGGGACUCAGACCUGGGGAAGGAGCCAAAGAGAGGUGCUUUAAAGAAAAGCUUCUCCAGAGACAGAGAUGAUGCUGAUGGCAAAAGCGGUGAGAAGCCCAAGGAGGAGAAGGUCAUCAGAGGCAUUGACAAGGGCCGGGUCCGGGCUGCAGUGGAUAAGAAGGAGGCAGGGAAGGAAGGGAGAGGAGAGGAGAGGGGAGUGGCCGCUAGGAAGGAAGAGGAGAAGAAAGGGAGCGACAGGAGCACAGGCUUGAGCAGGGACAAGGACAAGAAGAGAGAGGAGGUGAAGGAGGUAUCCAAGGAGGACGCUGAGAAGGUCAAAGGGGAGAGCAGGCACGCGGACAGCAGAAAAGAGGAUGAGAAGACAAAGAGAGCAGGUGGGAACACAGAUGUGAAAAGGGAGGAGGAGAAGCUCAAACGAGGAACUGGGAAAACAGACACAAAAAAGGAGGAUGAAAAACCCAAGAAGGAAGAGGCUCUGAAUGAAAAGGAAGCCAAGGAAGAGAGCAAGACCAAAACCCCAGAGAAACAGGCCGCAGGUGGCCCGAGCAAGCCCUGUGAGGGGCCUGCCCAGGCGGAGGAGGAGGCAGCUCCCAGCAUAUUUGAUGAGCCUCUGGAGAGAGUGAAGAACAACGACCCCGAGAUGACCGAGGUCAAUGUCAACAACUCAGACUGCAUCACAAACGAGAUCUUGGUGCGGUUCACGGAGGCUCUGGAGUUCAACACUGUGGUCAAGGUGUUUGCCUUGGCCAACACGCGAGCUGAUGACCACGUGGCCUUUGCCAUCGCCAUCAUGCUCAAGGCCAACAAGACCAUCACCAGCCUCAACCUGGACUCCAACCACAUCACAGGCAAAGGCAUCCUGGCCAUCUUCCGCGCCCUCCUCCAGAACAACACGCUGACCGAGCUCCGCUUCCACAACCAGCGACACAUCUGCGGCGGGAAGACGGAAAUGGAGAUCGCCAAGCUGCUCAAGGAGAACACUACCCUGCUCAAGUUGGGCUACCAUUUUGAGCUGGCCGGGCCCCGAAUGACCGUCACCAACCUGCUCAGCCGCAACAUGGACAAGCAACGACAAAAGCGGCUGCAGGAGCAAAGACAGGCACAGGAAGCCAGCGGACAGAAGAAGGAUCUGCUGGAGGUACCCAAGGUCGGGACCCUAGCCAAGGGGUCCCCCAAGCCUUCACCCCAACCAUCUCCAAAGUCCUCUCCAAAGAACUCACCCAAGAAAGGGGGUGCUCCAGCGGCCCCACCCCCACCUCCCCCUCCCUUGGCUCCACCCCUUAUCAUGGAGAACCUGAAGAACUCACUCUCGCCAGCUACCCAGAGGAAGAUGGGAGACAAAGUCCUCCCUGCCCAGGAGAAGAACUCCCGUGACCAGCUACUGGCUGCCAUCCGCUCCAGCAACCUCAAGCAGCUCAAGAAGUUAAGUAGUUGUGAGCCUGGGUCAGCGAGGCUGGGGCUGGGCAGGGGCUUGGAGGAGAGGCACGACUGUAAAGGCAAUGUGUGCGGAGAGGCCCACGCCAGGCUGCAGGCAGCAGACAGACUCCCAGGGGCCAGAGGGGCCUUCAGGUCAUCUCAUUCAUCUUCCUGCCUCUCCCUUAGAGGUGACACUCUGUCCUUCGUUUAAGGAGGACACUUCUAA